GAAGAGAGGUUUAGUGGUUUCCUGCCGUGUUGACUGCUGUUAUUUCAACAGAGAUGGCAGGCGGACAGGGCUCCGAUGAUCUGUUUGACAGCAUUCUGUUGGCGGAUGAAAGAUUCCGAGGUGAAGGCUACCAGGAGGGAUUUGAGAGGGGCACCCAGCGGGGGCUGCGGGAUGGCCGCAGACAUGGCGCCUCUCAUGGAGCCAGGCUGUCCUCCGAGAUGUCUUUCUAUCACGGCUUUGCUGUCACGUGGAAGUGUCUCCUCCAACAGAAAACGGAUGAGAAGUCCAGGAAACGCGUGAAGGCUCUGGAGGCUCUCCUGGGUUUGAUCAUGAACUCGCAUUUGGAUGAUCCACAGUCUGUGAAGCUACAGGAGGACACGGAGAAGCUUCGAGCCAAGUUCCGACAGGUUUGUUCAAUGCUUAGUGUCCCCACGGACUUCAAGGAGUACGUCAGAACAGCAGAGAAAACCUCAUUCUGAGUCAGAGUCGGCGGUGCUGAGGACUAAAGCUAAGGGGUUCAGUCCAGAUAGGAGGACGGGGCGUUGACCUGUCACGCAGCAGCGAGGGCCUGGUCUGCAGCGGCGGUCCAGUCCAGGGUUUAGAGGCUCUGUGGCUGUAUGGUUAUUGUUGAUCUAAAGAACUGGGCAGUUGUGGAGCAGAUGACUCUGCUUCAGGGAGACUGAAAAAAAAAAAAAGAAUAUUAAAAUGGUUUCAGAGUGAUUCGAGGAUUUUCUCACACAACCUGCUCAGGGUGGGACCCAAGGGUGGGACCCAAGGCGGGAGGAGGCUAUCAGAGGAGCUCAUUACCCUACAGGAUCCGGUGCAGGAUUCCACUGUGGAUUCCAAAUUCGUCAGAAUUUAAAUCUGAAGAUGUGCGCAUUGAAUUCAUGGAGGGAACAUGUGACCAAAAAUUAGGUUGAAUCAAAUAGACUUGAAAUUAGUGGAUUAUUUCUAAUAAAUGAGGAUUGCUCUAUUUAUUUUUUAGAGACUGUUUCAGAACUGGAAUAGUAAAACGCAUCUCCUAGAUACAGCACAGUGGGGCUGAGUGGAAAUAUUGUAUGAACUGAAUGCUCAGGGCCGGUUGCAAGGAGAAAUGUAGCAACAUGUUCACUACCUUCUUGAUUGUAUUUUUCAAUAAAGUAAUAUUUCA